AUGGCCGAUCACGUGUGCUACGUCGUGCCUCCCCACCUGCUCAAGGCCAUCGCCGACGCCGAGUGCAAUAGCGAGCAUACGCGUCAUGCUGCGAGACAGGCUUUGAGCCUUCGCGAGCAGUUCACUACCCGUCGUGCCGAGCGCCUCGCCAUUCUUGGUGGUCCCCGCGCCCAGCGUCACCAGCUCUCUUCCCACUCCCGCCCUUCCAUCGUCCCUGAUAUCUUGCUCCAGCACAUUGCCGAUUCAACGGACGUCGACGAUGACACCAGAGCCUGUGCCAAGAGGGAUCUUGACCACAUAAGAGGUGUUCAGCAAAAGGUCCAGCAGGUUCAGCAGGGCGAAGUCGGAGGUCCACAGGACCAGGUCACCCUCGCUGCCACUGCCGGUAAGAAGGACGACAAGUUCUACCGGGCUAUCUAUGACGCCAAGAACACCGAGAACGAGAGCAAGUUGCCUGGUGAUGUGGUUCGUGUAGAGGGCCAAAAGGCUGUCGACGACAAGGCAGUCAAUGACGCUUUUGACAAUGUUGGCGAGGUACUGAAGAUGUACAAGGAAAAGUUCAACUGGAUUUCCAUCGACAACAAGAACAUGCAUGUCAUCAGCUCGGUCCACUUCGGUCAGAAAUACGAGAACGCAUUCUGGGACCCAGAGCGUAUGCAGAUGGUGUUCGGAGACGGCGGAGAGUUCCUGAGUAACUUCACUGGAACCAUCGACGUCAUCGGCCACGAACUCACCCACGCUGUGACUGAGCACACCAGUCCCCUCGACUACCAGGGAAUGAGCGGAGCUCUCAAUGAGCACGUUUCCGACGUUUUCGGCAUCAUCGUGAAGCAGAUUGUCGAAAAGGAGGAUGCCGAGAGAGCCGACUGGCUCAUUGGCGAAGGCUGCAUCAUGCCCGGUGUCAAGGGUGUUGCUCUCAGGAGCAUGAAGGAACCUGGCACUGCCUAUGACGACCCGCGAUUCGGAAAGGAUCCUCAGCCAGCUCAUUUCAAGGACUACGUUCCGACUUUCGAGGAUAACGGCGGUGUCCACAUCUACUCAGGCAUUCCGAACAAGGCUUUCUAUCUUGCGGCGAAGGGCUUUGGUGGUUUCUCGUACGAGAAGGCUGGUCCCAUCUGGUGGAAGACUAUGAACUCGGGCCGUGUUCCUCCCAAGUGCACGUUCAUCCAGUUUGCCGAUGUGACAACGGAGAUCGCAGAGGAGCUGUAUGGAGACGAGGCAGGCAAGAUCGUGAGGGAUGCCUGGAACGAGGUCGGCGUGACCAGAAAGGGCAAUUAG